UACCAUACAAUACCAUACCAUACCAUACCAUACCAUACCAUACCAUACCAUACCAUACCAUACCAUACCAUACCAUACCAUAGCAUACCAUACCAUACCAUAACCAUACCAUACCAUACCAUACCAUACCAUACCAUACCAUACCAUACCAUACCAUACCAUACCAUACCAUACCAUACCAUACCAUACCAUACCAUACCAUACCAUACCAUACCAUACAUACCAUACCAUACCAUACCAUACCAUACCAUA